AUGAUUCUCUCUUCCAAUCUGCCAAAGCUUUGCUGCAACAACAAAUGUCGCAAACUUACGAACGUUCCGAGAGAGGCCUGGAAGUGUGAAAAUGGUUAUUCUGUUGAACUUUGCGAAGGAUGCUAUGUUACAUUUAAGCGUGGGAAGUUUUGCGGAAUUUAUCAUGAUAAAUCGAAUGGCUGGAAACGUUGCAUAUCUUGCGAGAAGCCAAUUCAUUAUGGAUGCAUAGCUUCUCGAUCUUUAUAUGUAGUAUCGAGACCCAGAGGAAUCAAGUGUCUUGACUGCACGACAGAACAUGAGAUCUUGAUGGCAAACGAUAUCACAUUGCCACGUGGAACUUCCCUCCAGCCAAAUUUUGAAGGAAGUACUAGUAACUCUGUCGGCAAGACUGCACCUCUUUUGUUAAAUUCAUCCAACCGACCACAAAUCCAGUCUACGACACCUUGUGUAAGUAGACUUAUCGCACGAGGGCAUAAGCCUUCCCCUCCAUUGGGUGAUCGAAGGGUGAAUGAAGCUGAGAGAUUGGUGGUCGGAAGUUCAAAUAUUAGUGCAACAAAUACCAUAUCAGGAGUCAAUAUUCAUUGCAAAGAACUAACCACCCCCAGCCCCACCUCUCUUGCUAGGGUUCCACCGACAGUAGUGGGUAAAGGUAAAGAAAAGGUGUCUGAAAAAGGCGAUGAACGUUCAACCCCACCACCGGUAUUUCUUGAAUCCAACAAGGGUAACUCAUCUACUGGAGAUAAAGAUCGUAUUCGAAAGCCUCGAAGUGAACACCGUUACGUGCCCAGAUUAACUGAACAAGAGCUCAAAGAGAUGUCUAGAGGGUCAAAUGUCAAAGUAAUUCCUCUAUUUGAGAAGGUGUUGACUGUUAGUGACACUGGGAAGAUCGGACGUUUGGUGCUUCCUAAGAAAUGUGCAGAGGGAUACUUUCCUUCGAUUGAUAUUCCUGAAGGAAAACCUGUUGAAAUUCAAGAUUUAAAUGGGAAAGAUUGGGAAUUUAAUUUUAGAUACUGGCCAAAUAAUAAUAGCCGAAUGUACGUCCUUGAAGGAUUCAAUUAUUAUGUUACGUCGAUGAAGUUGAAACCGGGUGAUACAGUGAUGUUUGGUAGAUUGGAGCCUGAAGGAAAGCUUGUUAUUGGACAUCGGAAUGCUACAAGUGCUUCCUCAUCUAGCAAAAUCGGUCUAUUUCGAGAGGCUAAAACUCCGUCCCCAUCUAAGCGGAAAGCUAAACUGAACAUGGUAAUCGGUAGCACUAGUGUGGGGGUUUCAAAGGGGACGACCAAAUCAACGAUGUUUACUACGUUUAGCAAAGAGAAGCAAAAUGUUAUGAGAAGUGUUCACUCGGAUGUGGUUGAACCGAAAUCCUCCAUUCCUGCUAAGAGAAAACGCUCUAAAAUGGGCAUGGUAACAGAGAGCACUACUAACGAAGUUUUAAGGGAUAAGACCACAUCGACUAUGCCUUCUACACUUAGCCAUAAGACAAAUGAUCCCAUAAAUAUUCACUCAGAUGUGCGUGGAUCGAUAUCCUCAAUUCGUGCUAAGAAACAGAAUUCUGAAAUGGGCAUGGUAGAGAGCACUACUAAUGGGGUUUUAAAGGAUAAGAUCACAUUAACUACGCCUUCUACGCUUAGCCAUGAAAUUCAAAACAAUCGGAUAAAUAUUCACUCAGAUGUGCGUGGAUCAAAAUCCUGCAUUCGUGCUAAUAGAAGGAAUUCUGAAAUGGGCAUAGAGAGAACUACUAAUGGGAUUUUAAAGGAUAAAACCACAUCGAUUAUGACUUCUACGCUUAGCCAUGAGAAGACAAACGAUCCGGUGAAUAUUCACUUAGAAGUGCGUGGAUCAAAAUCCUGCAUUCGUGCGAAUAGAAAGAAUUCUGAAAUGGGCAUAGAGAGAACUACUAAUGGGAUUUUAAAGGAUAAAACCACAUCGACUAUGACUUCUACGCUUAGCCAUGAGAAGACAAACGAUCCGGUGAAUAUUCUCUUAGAUGUGUGUAGAUCAAAAUCCUACAUUCGUGCGAAUAGAAAGAAUUCUGAAAUGGGCAUAGAGAGAACUACUAAUGGGAUUUUAAAGGAUAAAACCAUAUCAACUAUGACUUCUACGCUUAGCCAUGAGAAGACAAACGAUCCGGUGAAUAUUCACUUAGAUGUGCGUGGAUCAAAAUCCUACAUUCGUGCAAAUAGAAAGAAUUCUGAAAUGGGCAAUGUAAUAGAGAGCACUACUAACGGGGUUUUAAAGGAUAAGACCAUAUCAACUAUGCCUUCUACUCUUAUCCAUGAGAUUCCAAAUGAUUCGAUAAAUAUUUACUCGGAUGUGCGUGGAUCAAAAUCUUGCCUUCGUACUAAAAGAACAAAUUCUGAAAAGAGCAUGCCAAGAGCUAGCAUUGGAAAAAGGCUUUCCAAGCCUACCAUAUUGGCUCUGCCUUGUAUCGUUAGCCAGGAGAAGCGAAAUGGUUCGAAAAGUGUUCACUCAAAGUCAAGUAUGGUUGGACCGAAAGUCCUCGUAGGCCAUAAGAGAAAGCAAUGUGAAAUCGGUUUGACUAGUGAAAGCACUGACAAUGAAAACAAGAUGGCUAAUCUUGCUCUCUCUUUCGAAGGUGGUCAAAAACUAAUACGACCAUGUCCUGGUAGUAAUCCUCCUUCAAAGAUGGUGCUAGAUGGAGUAAAACUCAAGAGUUAUAAGGAUGAUCCGAUCAUCGGAAGGCCUUCCAUGUUCAAAAAGCUUGAUCACGGUAUUGUGCAAUGGGCCCAAUGCGAUAAAUGUUACAAAUGGCGUAAAGUUCCCGUUGAUGCUGAAAUUUCGGCAAACUGGACCUGUAGGCAAAACCAUUGGGAUCCACUAAGGUUGCGAUGUUCUGCGAAAGAAGAGUUAACUCAGGACAUAAUAAAAAAUAUAUUUUCUGUGAACAAUCAGGGAUCUCCGAAGAAGAUGAAGACUAGAAAUGUGGACCCUGAACGAGUUGAAACAGUCAAGGGGCUGGACGUAGCUGCUAUUACCCGGGUGGAGAAUGGGGUGGCGACACCACAGCCACCAAAGACGAACAAGAAACACCCCCGUCAUCGAGUUGGAUGCGCCUGCAUUGUCUGCAUGCAGGCUCCAAGUAGGUCCAAACACAAACCAUCAUGUGAAUGUUGCAGAUGCACAUCCACUGAAUAUCGGCGAGUUUUGAAUCCCCGUCGUGGUAAGAAACGCUCCAAAAAUGCUCGUCGCAAGCUUGGAAAAACAAGAAUCUCUACCUCAAUCCGGAAAACACAAAAAGCUUUACCUCAGCCUGAAGACGUACCUAAGCCACCGGAGAUUGGAACUUCUAACUCAAACCACCAAACGGUGGUCAUUGUUGGCUCUGAAGUCGAGGAUCAAAAUGUAGAAAAGUUGUCAGGUUCAAGCCCAAAACACCUCUUUGACCUAAAUCUCCCGCCGGAGCCAGAGGAAGGUGAUAUAGAUAUACUGGUUCCAAAUUUAGUAAACCCACCAACUGGAGACAAUAUAUAG